AUGUCAUUCAUGGCGAGCUCAAGGCUGCAGGCGCGGACAACAUGGUGCAGCCGCUGCGGCGCGUCCAUCUCCGCGCCGCCGGGCGCGCGCUCCGUCCGGUGCGCGCUCUGCCACACCACGACGCGCGUGGAGCGCCGGCCGCAGCAGAACGGCGGCCUGCACCAGGCCGUGGGCUUCAUCAAGGGCCUGCUCUUCGGGUCUCCGUCGCAGCCGCCACCGCCGCCGCCCGCGUCGUCCGGGUCGAUGCGUGCCGGCGACCCGUACAGCCUGCCGGCCAGCUACCCGCGCACCCGCGGCAAGAAGCGGGCGCUCCUCGUCGGCAUCAGCUACAGCUUCACCAAGUACGAGCUCAAAGGCACCGUCAACGACGUCAACUGCAUGGCCUACUUGCUCCGCCAGAGGUUCAGCUUCCCCGACGACUCCAUCCUCGCCCUCACGCAGGAGGAGAAGGACCCGUGCCGUUGGCCGACCAAGGACAACAUCCGGCUGGCGAUGCGGUGGCUGGUGGAGGGCUGCACCUCCGGCGACUCCCUGGUGUUCCACUUCUCCGGCCACGGCGUCCAGAAGCUGGACAACAACGGCGACGAGGUGGACGGCUACGACGAGGCGCUCUGCCCUCAGGACUUCGAGGACCGCGGCGUGAUCCUUGACGACGAGAUCAACGAGAGCAUCGUCCGGCCCCUCGGCGCAGGUGUCAAGCUCCACGCCAUCAUCGAUACCUGUCACAGCGGCACCAUCCUCGACCUCCCCUACCUCUGUCGCAUAUCCAGAACUGGGUACUGGCAAUGGGAGAACCACAACCGUCAACCGGACGCGCAGAAGGGCACUAGCGGCGGCCUGGCGAUCUCCUUCAGCGGCUGCGGGGACAGCCAGACCUCGGCAGAGUCAGACAGGAAGGCGUUCUUGGGCUCCACCUCCACCGGUGCCAUGACGUACAGCUUCAUCAAGGCGGUGGAGUCUGAGCCGGGCACCACCUACGGUCGCCUGCUCAGCGCCAUGCGGGCCACCAUCCGCGACAACGGCGGUGACUCCGGCAUCCCUGGGCCCAUCGGCUCCUUUUUCCGCCGGGUCAUCACCUUCAGCAGCGCACAGGAGCCUCAGCUGUGCGCGUCCGAAGCAUUCGACAUCUACAGGAAGCCGUUUAUCUUGUAA